AUGCCUGAAUUCAAAAAUGUUACAACUCUCUUGAUACCCAAUUCACAUUGUCAAUCUUAUAUUUCUCAACCUGUUUUAAUUUUUCCUGAAGAAAUGCUCAACGAUGAACCCAUGAGCAUGGAAGAGGAUUGUAAUUCUUAUUCAACUCCCUCAUAUUUAGAUCGUAAAAUAAAUCGGUAUAGAAAAUUACGAGCUAUGCAUGAACGUGCUGGUCGUUUACCUAAAAGUCCCAUCUCUGAAAAUAAUAAUGAAUCAAGAAGCUAG